AUGAUAAGUGAAGACCUUGGCAUUGAAGUAACAAGUAACGAGAAGGUCACACUCAAUAUGUGUACAAAGCUUAUAUGUGAUGAUAUGGCCGCCCAUCCUUCAGUGAUCGCUCUUGGUUCUAAUCCUAGCUGGGGGUCUAUACCAGUAGCACUUAAGAAAGAAAUGUGUGCCAGGCACGCAAAUAUAAUGAAGGAUUCUGGUAUAGACUUCACUAGAUGUCUUGGAAACUGGGCAUCAACUGCAAGAGUUGCACAUCUCUGGAGGGACCGCCAUAAAAGAUUACAGUCUUAUUUUUUUAUGCUUUAA